CGGCGCUCCGGGCAGGUAGAGCGGGGCUCCGGGCGCGCGGGGGCCGCAGCAGCUGCCGCCCCACCUCUCCUCGGCCCUGCGCACAGCCUCGCGCGCCCAUGGCCGGCUCGGAGCAGCAGCGGCCGCGGCGGCAGGACGACAGAGACUCGGCGGCGGCGGCGGCGGCGCCCCUGCAGGACGCGGAGCUGGCCCUGGCCGGCAUAAACAUGCUGCUCAACAACGGCUUCAGGGAGUCGGACCAGCUUUUCAAACAAUACAGAAAUCAUAGCCCAUUGAUGAGUUUUGGAGCCAGCUUCGUCAGUUUUUUGAAUGCCAUGAUGACAUUUGAAGAAGAAAAAAUGCAGUUGGCAUGUGAUGACUUAAAAACUACGGAAAAGCUGUGUGAAAGUGAAGAGGCUGGAGUAAUUGAAACCAUCAAGAAUAAAAUUAAGAAGAAUGUCGAUGUCCGAAAAUCCGCCCCCUCCAUGGUUGAUCGGCUUCAGAGGCAGAUAAUCAUAGCUGACUGUCAGGUUUACCUGGCUGUGCUCUCAUUUGUAAAACAAGAAUUGUCAGCCUAUAUAAAAGGUGGGUGGAUCCUUAGGAAAGCCUGGAAGAUUUACAAUAAAUGCUAUCUGGACAUCAAUGCCCUCCAGGAGCUGUAUCAGAAGAAGCUAACUGAAGAGCCCUUGACUUCUGAUGCUGCAAAUGAUAAUCACAUUGUGGCUGAAGGGGUGUCUGAGGAGUCUCUAAACAGACUGAAAGGUGCUGUUAGCUUUGGAUAUGGCCUUUUUCACCUUUGCAUAUCCAUGGUGCCCCCCAACCUGCUCAAAAUCAUCAACCUGCUGGGUUUUCCUGGAGACCGCCUGCAAGGGCUUUCUUCACUGAUGUAUGCAAGCGAAAGUAAGGACAUGAAGGCCCCUUUAGCUACAUUAGCUCUGCUCUGGUAUCAUACUGUGGUCCGCCCAUUUUUUGCCUUGGAUGGCAGUGAUAACAAAGCAGGCCUGGAUGAAGCGAAGGAAAUUCUUCUCAAAAAAGAAGCUGCUUAUCCAAAUUCUUCCCUCUUCAUGUUUUUCAAGGGACGUAUACAACGAUUAGAGUGUCAAAUCAACAGUGCCUUGACUUCUUUCCAUACUGCUUUGGAACUUGCGAUAGAUCAGAGAGAGAUCCAGCAUGUCUGUCUGUAUGAAAUCGGUUGGUGCAGCAUGAUAGAGCUGAAUUUCAAGGAUGCAUUUGAUUCCUUUGAGAGGCUGAAAAAUGAGUCCAGGUGGUCCCAGUGCUAUUACGCCUAUUUAACUGCAGUUUGUCAGGGAGCCACCGGUGACGUGGAUGGGGCGCAGAUAGUGUUUAAAGAAGUUCAGAAGCUCUUCAAAAGGAAAAACAAUCAGAUUGAACAAUUCUCAGUGAAAAAGGCAGAGAGGUUUCGGAAAGUAGCUCCCACCAGAGCGUUGUGUGUACUGGCCUCCAUCGAAGUGUUAUACCUGUGGAAAGCCCUCCCCAACUGCUCCUUCCCCAACCUGCAGAGGAUGAGUCAAGCUUGCCAUGAAGUGGAUGAUUCAUCUGUUGUUGGAUUAAAGUAUUUGCUUCUUGGUGCCAUACACAAAUGUCUGGGAAACUCAGAAGAUGCUGUUCAGUUCUUUCAGCGCGCUGUUAAAGAUGAGUUGUGUCGUCAGAAUAACUUAUACGUCCAGCCAUAUGCUUGCUAUGAACUUGGCUGUCUUCUGUUAGACAAACCGGAGACUGUAGCAAGAGGCAGAACUCUACUUCUUCAAGCAAAGGAGGAUUUCUCUGGCUACGACUUUGAAAACAGAUUGCAUGUCCGCAUCCAUGCUGCUCUGGCCUCCCUGAGGGAACUGGUUCCUCAGUGAUAGACUCGGACUUCCUGUUCUGUCCCUCCCUACCAGGUUCUGCACUUUAAAAUGAAAGCAGAGGACACAGCUCUUCUGGAAGCCCGAAGACCGGCUUUUCUUCUGAAAACCACCUGUGCCAGGGACACAUUUUCCCAGUUAGGCUGACAUAUUAAAGAUCUCCUCUUUUAAACGUAUAGCUAAAAAGUAAUAAUAAUGAGGAUACUAGUAAUUAUAACUAACCACCUGGGGAGAGGGUUAAGUGACCUUGUUCAAACAUUUUAGUUUUGUGAUUUAUUAUUUUUAAAAUAAAAGCAAACUAAAUAUUCCACCUGUGAUCUUCUAGGAACGCCUACCUUAAGCACACAUCCGACUGCAUAUAACACUAGGAGGCACCUGUAAAAUUAUCAACAGUAUUAUGACAUAGCAUUUAUAUUGUGUUUUGAAAAAAAUAAAAGUGCUUUCUAGUGUUUUAUUUUAUCCUCUAACUUGUGAAUAACAUAGCACAGAUAUUCUUAUUCCCACUGUCUAGACAAACUCAGGCACAAAAAGGCUAAUUGAUCCCAAUCAAUUAUUCCUGUUAUCAGUGGAGCAGUGAAUAGAAUACAGAUCUCUUGACCACAGACAGAAUAUUCUUGUAAAACAAAAUGUGUUAAUAACCCAGAAUUUCAUGUUUUCCUUAUUAAAACACAAAUGCGCUUCAGCUGAAGUUGUGUCAUCAAAAAUACUUAUCUCCAUAUCGUCUACAGAAUGUUUCAAAGUAAUGAACACUUUUUCCUUUGAAAGCCAACCAAGUAGAAGCAAAUAGGUAGUUUUGCAAUCAAAAGUAGAACUGUUUUGCUAAUUUAUUAGAAAGCCUGGUCUAUUGGCUAAAUAAUACCUAUAUUUUAGGAGUUUCCUUAUCUUUGUGAUAAAUUAUCUCGUUACCAACUUUUGGAGGUCUUUUAACAAAUUACUUGACAAGGUUAUUCUUAAAUGAACAUAGGUGAUUGUAUUUUUUUCCUCAGAAUAUUUGCUGGUGAAGGAUUUGCUGGGCUAUCUGUUGCCAGGAUUUAAUCAUUGUCUCCUUAGCUCAGGUUAUUCUAUAAAAGGAGUUCAAAGUUAAUUUUUAAUCCUUCAUUGCUAAUUUUUGUUGUAAUCUAAUUCACCUCUUAGCCUAGUGCUGCACACCUUUGUUUUUGAAGAGUCUAAAUACCUCAGUCACUUGAGAAUGUCUGCCAUAAUUGUGUGCCUAACUUGGCUCAGGCUUAAGGUUAGAUUUUUUAAAAUUUAUACUGUGCUAAAGAGAGUAUCCUCUUGGGGUGUCAUUUAUUUACAUAUCUUUGUAGCUUGAGCAUGAUCUCAUAUGAUAUUAAUACUUUAAUAUUUCUUUUCAAAAUAAAACCUAGGAGGAGCAACUAGGAUGUUGACAGCUUUAACCUACUUCAUCUGAUUCUGAGGGAAUGAUAAUUUCUCUGAAAGAAAUAAUUAUUCCUCACGGACUUUGACUAAAUUAUAUUCAUGAUUCCUCACUUCCAAAGUGUUUUAUUCACAUGGACUUUUUCUGGUGUGAAUCCUGCCUGGAUUUUUGACACUAGCCAGAGAGAAAAGAUCGCUAUCUUACAUUCAGUGAAUGAGCAGAUGCAGAAGCCAAGUAGAUGCUUUCUGAAGAAAACAUUUGGUGUUUAAAAAUACUGGAAGCCUAAUUUCAUUGAGGCUUAAGGGAAGAAUAUUAUGAAUUUGUGAAAUCUGGCCCUAGCCAUUUUGUCCUUGGCUAUAGCAUAUGAGCCAGACUUCCCAGUUAGGGUUGUGGGGCAUUCUGAACCCAAAGUUCUUGGUUCAGGUCAUACUCACUUGAAUUUUCAGUUCAAAUAUUUUUUGAACUAUUAUUCAGUAUUCAAAGGUUACAUGAAGCCCUGUACUUUAGGAUUAAACAAAAACUAUUCCUGCA